GAAAAAAUGGGCCCCAUGAAUGUGGCAAUAGGACUGAUGCUUUUAUCACAGAAUGUUGUUGGAAUUCUAGGAAAUUUCUCUGUGCUUUAUUAUCAUUUGGUGCUUUCCUGCAAUGGGUGCACAUUGAGGUCCACAGAUGUCAUUCUCAGGCACCUAAUGAUAGCCAACACCUUGGACAUUGUGACUAGAGGAAUUCCCCAGACAAUGACUGCUUUUGGGUUGAAAUAUUUCCUCAGUGAUUUUUCAUGCAAAGUUAUUUUGUACAUGCAGCGAGUUGGCAGGAGUCUGUCCAUUGUCAUCACCUGUCUCUUGAGCAUCUUCCAGAACAUCACCAUCAGCCCCGUGAAUUCCUGUUGGAAGGAUCUCAAAGAAAAAGUUUCAAAGUACAUUGGCUUCUCCAUUUCCCUCUGCUGGAUCAUGUACAUGACAGUGAAUUCCAUUUUUCCUCUCUAUAUACAUAGCAAAUGGAACAGUGUAAACACAACAGAGAAAAGAGAUUAUGGGUACUGUUCUUCUGUAGAUCGUGACAGAAUCACAGAUAUAUUAUAUGCAGCAUUGUUUGUAUUUCCUGAGGUUGUCUUUUCCUUGCUCAUGAUCUGGUCCAGUGGCUCCAUGGUUCUCCUUCUGUACAGGCACAAGCAGAGGGUUCAGCACAUUCACAACAUCAAAGUUUCUCCCAGAACCUCCCCAGAGUCCAGAGCCACCCAGAGAAUCCUUGUCCUGGUGGGUACCUUUGUGACUUUCCACACCCUCUCCUCCCUAUUACAUCUUUAUAUCGCUCUGUUUUCCAAACCUGUUUGGUGGGUGGUGAACACCAAUGACCUGAUCUCCAUGUGUUUUCCCACUAUCAGCCCCUUUCUUCUCAUGAGCCGAAAAUUCACUGUAUCCAAACUAUUCAGGCUCUGUUUGGUCUACAUAAAAAUUAAAAAUCCUGCCGGGUGCUGUGGAAAACACCUAUUAUCCACCAAACUUUGGAGACCCAGAGUGGAGGAUCACAAAUGA